UUGCUUCCAGGGCUGCCGGGUGUCCGUGUCCGCAGGUCCAGGGCUGCCGACUGCUGCGCUUUGCGUUCGGCCCCCAUCCCGAUGGAGGAACCUCCCUGGAAGCCCCUCAGCUGCGCGGAGAAGGAAAAGUUGAAGGAAAAAUUAGCAUUUUUGAAAAGGGAAUACACCAAGACUCUGGCCCGUCUUCAGCGUGCCCAAAGAGCUGAGAAGGUGAAGAGUUCCAGUAAGAAAACGGUUGAACCAGAUUGCUCGCUGCAGCGUAAAAUCUCACCCCAGCUAGACAGUGCGGAACCUAAAAAGGAAGGAUCUCCUUGUGGAAAAGUACAGAUCAGUACCCAUCUGGACAAGGAAACUGGAGAAAAGACAUCAGUGACACUUGACCGUGAACCUGGGGCUUUUAGCUAUGAAGAUGGCCUGGGAGAAGGGUUAUGUUUACACAGGCCAGGUGGCACCCGAGAACGUUCACCCCGCAAGGUCCCUGAUCCUGUCGGUGAAGAAAGACCCCCUGAGCCGCCCGGGAGACAUCUGCAGCCAAGGAGGACACUGACUUCCCAGGGAAGAGAAGGCUGCCAUGAAGCCAGCUCGCUCAUGCUGUCUCACGAGAGAUCAAGGAGACAGGAAGCAGUCAGUAACAAAAGUCCUAGGCUAUCAGCAGCUGCAGAAACUCACCUUUCAAGUCCUGAAUCUGAAAUUCCAGAUUUUUCGGCACCAGUUUCAGAAGCUGACGGGGAGUGUGAAUCAAUUCCACCAACUGCCAAGUCGGAAAGAGGUGUUGAUGUGUCCUCAGGAGGGAACAGUGCUUUCAAGGAGCCUGCAGUUCCUUUGCAUGCUUUAUCAGACAGCAGCAAGAGGCAGCGUCUUGAACGCAUGCCUCCGGAAGGUCACUAUGGACUUACUUCUCAGGGGGUGAAAAAUAUUAAGCCUAUUUCACCCAUAAGCCUGGAAACACAAGGCACGAAAAUGACUGUCUGCACAGACAGUUCGGUAUUAGAUGAAGCUGGGAGUACAAGGAGCCAGCAGCCCGCAGGUCCUAAUUUAGAGAGCAGUUGUGCAGGCUCUGUAAAUGAACUUGCCCAGAGCAGCUCAGCAGCAGGUGAAAUCCGCGCUGUAAAUGAAGACAGUCACACGGAGAAGUCUCUCACAUCGCCCGGAGAUAGUCUCAGUAGUAGAAGUGUCAAUCUUGAGGCAGAUGAACUUCCAAGCCGACCUAAAAAUCGUAGCCUGCAGGCAGUCGCUACCGUGUGUGCGGAAAAUCCAGUGCACUCCUGCACGGUGCUUGAAGGCCUCGUCUUUCCUGCGGAGUACUACGUGAGAACAACGCGCCGCAUGUCCCGUGAGCAGAGGAACGCGGCCCUGCAAGCUGUGAUUCAGAAUCAUUUGGGCAUCAAGAGGAAAGGGUUUAAAAAUAAAGUUAAGGAAGCAACUAAAGGUAUAAAGCUUUCCAACGAAGAAACUGGUGAGAGUGAAGUUAGGAUGUCAGCCUCAAGCCCAGCUCUCCCAACUUCAGAAAGCCCUCUGGAGUUUAUCUCAUUACCUGAAGUCAGCUCUGCUCCUGGACCCGCUGGCGGUGAGGACUAUUCUAGGAAAGCUGUUUCGCAGCCCUGCAAUAGAAAAAAAAGAAAAUCAGCCAGUCCCUCAGCUCUCGACCACCAUAAGCUGCUUCUGCCAGCUUCCGGCACUUUCUCUGCUAGUGCGUCCGAGGAAGAAGUCACAUUGCACAAGCAUCAGGAUGGAAAGGCAGAUACGCGUGGUAGGAGGAGAGGGAAGGAAGGUCGCUGUCAGAAGGAAGCGCGUCCUCCUGCGGCUCAUGGUGCUUCCUUCGCCUCUCCUCUUCCUAAGCCGGAAGUGCUGAGUCAAAGGCUGCCGCUGUCCUUCCUCAGCACAACAGACUUUGAGUUACCUGAUGCAGAUUUUGGGUCUCUUAAGCUUGAAAAGCUGAAGUCCUGCUCUGAAAAACCCAGCAAGCCUCUUGGCUCAAAAAUGCGCAGAGAGAGACAUCUGAAAGAGAGAAACAGUGCUCCGCAGGGCCUGAUGCCUAAGCGGAUAGGUGCAGUGGUACAGGACUUGGAAGAGGACCUGGGUGUCCCAGAAGAAGCGCAUCCUCAAAUGCCAGACCAGCAGUGCCAGUCCACAGACAAGAGCCUUUCCUCCUCCAUACUGCUUUUCACUUCUUUAAAUACCUCAGUGCCUGACAGUAGUGACCCGCCUGCUGCAGGCCUGUGUUCGCCCGCUUUCCCCAUCGUAGGCCCUACUCCCGCCUGGGGCUCCCAGGCAGACUCAGGAAAGCUGUCUGCUGAAGGGGGACAGACGUGCGCUGGUCCGCAGCCUUCUCAGAUGCAGUGCACAGCCGCCGUUGCCAGAGAUGGUGAACUGUGUGGCCAUUUAGCGGGCCCAUCGCUGCUGGAUGCCACCUGGCAGAUGGCAGACAGGCAAGGGCAGCAGGCCUGUGACAGUGACUCUGGCCUCCCAGCAGCACCACCCCCUGAGCUGUUUAAUGCCAGAGAAAAUGAGCCCUGUGGAAGUUCAUGCCUGGCGUUGCGUGAGUGUUCCCCUCAACAGACCGAAACGGCGGAUCUUCCUGUAGGCAACAGCCUCGACGCGGGCAGCCUGCAGUUGGUUUCACAGUUAAAGAAUCCUUCAGGUUCCUGCUCCGUGGAUGUGAGUGUCAUGUGGUGGGAGGAAGCUGGAUUGAGAGAGCCGUGUGUCGUGACUGCUUGUGAAUAUGUCGUUUCUCUUUGGAAACAUGUGGACCCUUGUCAGUGGGAAAAAACUCAGACGUGGACCUUCGCGGAGGUUCCGGUGUUACAGAUAGUCCCAGUGCCUGAUGUUUAUAACCUUGUGUUUGUAGCCUUGGGAAAUUUGGAAAUCAGAGAAAUCAGGGCACUGUCUUGCUCCUCAGAUGAUGGCGGUGAGAAGCAGCAACUGCUGAGAUCUGGAACUGUGAGAGCUGUGCUCGGCCUGCCGAGGAGGAGGCUCGUCAGCAGCGGCGGCGGCGGCGGGGCAGGCUGUGAUCAGCAAGUAGAGGUCGUGACCCUUGCAGAAGGAGCAGGAGGCAAGGAAAAACAAUUUUUGAUGUCCCCCGAAGAAACUAUUCUGACUUUUGCUGAGCUCCAAGGGAUGCAGGAAGCUUUGCUCGGUUCCACUGCCGGGAACAGCUUUGUCAUCUGGAAUUUAAAAACUGGUCAACUCCUGAAAAAGAUGUCCAUUGAUAAUUCUUACCAGGCCACAGUCUGCCACAAAGCCUACUCUGAAAUGGGGCUCCUGUUUGUUGUCCUGAGUCAUCCCUGUGCCAAACAGACUGAGUCCUGGGGCAGCCCUGCAUUUGAGCUGGUCGUGAUCAACCCUAAGACAACCCUGAGCGCGGGCAUGAUGCGGUACUGCCUGCCCCCGGGGCAGGCUGGAAGGUUCCUAGAAGGGGACGUGAAGGACCACUUUGCGGCCGCUGUGUUGACUUCUGGAACAGUUGCCAUCUGGGACCUGCUUCUCGGCCACUGCACUGUGCUCGCUCCUCCCAGCUCCAACCAGAGCUGGUCUUUUGUAAAAUGGUCAGGGACAGACUCGCAUUUGCUGGCCGGACAAAAGGAUGGAAAUAUAUUUAUAUACCGCUACUCCUAAGUUAAGAGGAAAACAGCCGUCUGAAUUCAGCUGCCGCUUGGUCUUUCGGGAGUUAGCUGUAAAGGAGAGUGUUUCCUGGCAGUGGUGCAGCUGCUGAUCCAGGGUGCUUGUUCACGCUCACCGAAGGGAGGCCUCGGGGCCACUUGUAAUCCCCAUGUCUGCAUGUUUGCUUUCGAAGAUGCACAUAAAGGUUUGGAUGCCCGUAAGUACUUACUGUGCGUUCUGCGUGGUGUGUCCUUUUUUCCCGUUCUAUGCAGAUCAUUCUCAAAACCAAGAGUUGAUUCCUGCACAACUAGAAUGUUUCCUUAGGGCCAGCCAAAUAGCUCAGUGUGUUAAGGUG